AUGUCAAAAUUUGUGUUAAUAGAUAACCUACCAAGUGGCACAACAGCACAAGGCUUAGCCAAAUAUCUUCAAAAGAAGCUAGAAACCAAAAAUGUUGGAAAGAUUUGGUUAGAUCCAUUCCUAGAACCAAGAGCUGUUGCAAUGUUUAAGAAGGAAGUGGGUAAGAUUAAUUUGAAUGAUUUUAUUAAAUUAUAUUAGAAAAAGUGAGUUAUCUUUAUUGUAUUAGACUUUCUCAUUAUUUUUAAAAGAGCUUAGCUGUUUUUCCGCAUGAUAAAAUUAAUUGUAUUACAAUGACAACUCAACAGCAAUGGUAAGGUAUUGAAUUUUCAAAAAAUGAAAGGUCUACAUAGAUUCAUCAUAUUUCAACCAAAAUUUAAUGGAAAAUUUGAUAAUCCUUCAGCUUGGAGGUUUCAAAAAGUUUGGAUGCAUUUUAAAACUUUUCAGAUCACAUCUCUGCCUCUAAUUUAUUUCAACAAUUUUUGACCAGUAUAAAUGAAUCCCAAGGUAUAGAAUGCUGACUAACACAGUGAUGUCAAUUCAAAACAUUUUGAAACUCAAAAUGUCAAUGUUUUGAGGUUCCUGUCAUGUGGGAACGUGUUUCUUACAUCGAUGUGACUAUAGAAUACUGCAUGUUUUUAAAAAGAAGUUUGGACUGUAGAAAGCCGGCUUAUGAUAUACAAACUGACAUUUCUCAUUAUCAAAAGAGUCACCAUUUCCUUGAUUGAAUCUUCAAUGCUAACGUGAAAUUUCUAAUGUGAUCAUUUCUGAGGCCAGACAUAAAUAGAGCUUUAACACUACUGAAAUGUAACUGUAUAAAGGGUUUGAGUUAAAGACAGCAGAAUGAAUAACCAAUAGUUCAAAGCUUAUAUCAUCCAAUUAGUUAUAUGGAGAAGAUAGUUUGUGGGUCACUAUAGUUUCAGUCCUCAUAAGAACGAUUCAGCUCUCCUCUGUUUGUUUAUAAUUCAGCUGUCCUCUGAUUAUGAUUCAGCUGUCCUCUGUUUUGUUUAUAAUUUAUAAUUCAGCAGUUCUUUGUUAAUAAUUCAGCUGUCCUCUGCUUGUUUACAAUUUAGCUGUCCUCUGUUUGUUUAUAAUUCAGCUGUCCUUUGUUUAUAAUUCAACUGUCCCUGUUGAUAAUUCAGCUGUUCUCUGUUUGUUUUUCUAUAAGAAAAUUAUGAUAUACAGGUACCAUAACUUAAGAACAAAGUAACGUACCGGUUUAAUUUAAAUUUAAUUGUUUCAAUUGUUGCCAAACUCAUUUUUCCUCAUUUAAGUUAGAUCUAAGUGCUCCAGUUGACAUAUCUAUUCAUUGGCAAAAGGAGUUUUAUCCAGAAUCUAGAGCCAAAACAUAUACAAAUUCACCGUUAUGCUCUUGAUGCAUUAAAUUAUUCAUAAAUUAAAAUUGUUAUGGAUUUAAGUCCAACAGUAUUUUAUUUAUUUCCAGAUCAAGUGGAAAUAAAACACCUGCAAGAGAAAGACACAAUUUUUGGAGACAUACAACUGAAACUUAUUCCAGCAACACAUAGCAUCUUUGUGCGGACCUAUGGAUCGGUGUCAAAGUCUCCUAAGAUGAUGCUAUUUGAAAUGUUUUCAUCUGAAGAGAAGGGAGGCAGUGUUAUAGAUUCAAUAAAGGAAAUAGAUG